GCAGCUAUUACGGAAUCAUGUUUUACUUACUUUAAAGGAGAAGAUUGGCAAAGUGAAGUGUCUUCAUUUCAAAUUUGACUAAAAGGAUCAACUGCCUAGUGACCUCUUUUCUGGUUUUUGUUUUUCUCAGUUGGGAGCCGAGAGUGCCGACAGCAUUGGCGCCGUGUUAAAUAGCAAAGAGGAGCAGAGAGAGAUUGCCGAAACCAGGGAGACUUGCAGGGCUUCCUAUGAUACCUCUGCUCCAAAUGCCAAACGUAAGUCUCAGGAUGAAGGAGAGACCGAUGAGGACAAAAUGGAAGAAUAUAAGGAUGAGCCUGAGAUGCAGCAGGAGGAGGAGAACCUGCCGUAUGAGGAAGAGAUUUACAAAGACUCCAGCACGUUCCUCAAGGGAACACAGAGUUUAAAUCCCCAUAAUGAUUACUGCCAGCAUUUUGUAGACACUGGACACAGACCCCAGAAUUUCAUCAGGGAUGUAGGUCUGGCGGACAGGUUUGAAGAGUACCCCAAGCUGCGGGAGCUCAUCCGCCUGAAGGACGAGCUGAUAGCGAAGUCGAACACUCCACCCAUGUACUUACAGGCGGAUAUCGAAGCCUUUGACAUCAGAGAGCUCACCCCCAAGUUCGAUGUGAUUCUUCUGGAACCCCCUCUGGAAGAGUAUUACAGAGAGACCGGCAUCACUGCCAACGAGAAGUGCUGGACUUGGGACGAUAUCAUGAAGUUGGAGAUCGAUGAGAUCGCGGCCCCUCGGUCGUUCAUUUUCCUCUGGUGCGGCUCCGGGGAAGGGCUGGACCUUGGGAGAGUGUGUUUACGCAAGUGGGGCUACAGAAGAUGUGAAGAUAUUUGUUGGAUUAAAACCAAUAAAAACAACCCUGGGAAGACUAAGACUUUAGAUCCAAAGGCUGUCUUCCAGAGAACGAAGGAGCACUGCCUCAUGGGGAUCAAAGGGACCGUGAAGCGCAGCACAGACGGGGACUUCAUCCACGCCAACGUCGACAUCGACCUGAUCAUCACGGAGGAGCCCGAGAUCGGGAACAUAGAGAAGCCCGUGGAGAUUUUCCACAUCAUCGAGCACUUCUGUCUGGGCCGGAGGCGCCUUCACCUGUUUGGAAGAGAUAGUACGAUUCGGCCAGGCUGGCUUACGGUGGGCCCCACGCUGACCAACAGCAACUACAACGCGGAGACCUACGCGUCCUACUUCAGCGCCCCCAACUCCUACCUGACGGGCUGCACUGAGGAGAUCGAGAGGCUGCGCCCCAAGUCGCCCCCACCCAAGUCCAAGGCUGACCGGGGCGGGGGUGCUCCCCGGGGCGGGGGGCGAGGAGGAACC